AGUUACUCCGAGGUGAUGAGCCUCAACGAGCACUCGAUGCAGGCGCUGUCCUGGCGCAAGCUCUACUUAAGCCGCGCCAAGCUCAAAGCCUCCAGCCGGACCUCGGCUCUGCUCUCCGGCUUCGCCAUGGUGGCGAUGGUAGAAGUCCAGCUGGAUACAGACCAUGACUAUCCACCAGGGCUUCUCAUUGUCUUCAGUGCCUGUACCACGGUGCUGGUGGCCGUGCACCUCUUUGCACUCAUGAUCAGUACCUGCAUUCUCCCCAACAUCGAGGCUGUGAGUAAUGUCCACAACCUCAACUCGGUCAAAGAGUCCCCCCACGAGCGCAUGCACCGCCACAUCGAGCUGGCCUGGGCCUUCUCUACGGUCAUCGGGACGUUGCUCUUCCUGGCUGAGGUCGUGCUGCUCUGCUGGGUCAAGUUCUUACCCCUCAAGAGACACUCAGGCCAGCCAAGCCCCACUAAGCGCCCUCCUGAACCAGCUGUCGUCGCCAACAGCAGCAGUGGCAUCACCCCGGGUGAGGCGGCGGCCAUCGCCUCCACUGCCAUCAUGGUCCCCUGUGGCCUGGUUUUUAUCGUCUUUGCUGUUCACUUCUACCGUUCACUGGUCAGCCAUAAGACGGACCGGCAGUUCCAGGAGCUCAACGAGCUGGCAGAGUUUGCCCGCUUGCAGGACCAGCUGGACCACAGAGGGGACCAUUCCCUGACACCUGGCACCCAUUAUGCCUGAGUCCUCGCCUUCCCACUGGCCUGUGGAGCUUCACCUUACGCCCUUCCCCAUGACCUUGUCCUGGCCCAGACUGGAGGACAGCCUGCACAGGCGACUGGGCUUUACCGGGGCAGAGUGUGGAGGGAAGAGGUUUAAAAAAAAAAAAAAAAUCACUGCACUUUGAGACUUUCUUCUGUGAGAAUAAGCACUCCCUGUUCUUCCAGCUCUGGGUCCCUUCCUGGUAGGAUGUGGGGGGACUGUGUGGGACAGAUGCUCUCUUUGUCCUUUCUCCUCCCCCGCACCAGUGCCACCCGGAUGCUUCCUGUCCUGUCCUCCUCAGCCUCCUUCCCAGUUUAUGGGGUGUGUGUGUGUGUGUGUGUGUGUGUGUGUGUGUGUGUGUGUGUGUGUAAUGCAUAAAAUAUACUCACAAGGGACACCUCUUCCUCGUGUCUGUUUGUUGGGUCUGGACUGCCUGAUAGGAUGUUCCAGUCAGGUGGGCCACAAAACAGUCUUUAAAAAUUUAGAGAAGGGGCUCAGGGACAGAACGCUAGCCUGAUAUAGCCAAAGCCUUGGGCUCAGUCCACCAACUCUACAAAAACUAUGUUGCUGGGCAUAGAACCCAGGAACUUGACCAGGCACUCUCCCACUGAGCUAUAUUCCAAGUCAUGUUUGGAGAUUUUCUUCUCAAAAGAAACCUUCAUGGGCAGUAGUUAAAAUGUGUACCCAUUUGUUUCUUUUGGAAGUAGUUAUAAAGGAGUCAGAAACUGGUGUACACAAACUGAGCCACUGAUUCUAGGGGAAAUUCAAAGUUAGUCACAAUAUUUUUGUUUCAUGAUUAAGAUGUUACAUUGAGCUGGGUGUUGGUGGCGCAUGCCUUUAAUCCCAGCACUCGGGAGGUAGAGGCAAGUGGAUCUCUGUGAGUUCGAGACCAGCCUGGUCUACAAGAGCUAGUUCUAGGACAGCCUCCAAAGCCACAGAGAGACCCUGUCUCCAAAAACAAAAACAACAACAACCAAAGAUGUUACACUGUAUUAGGUGUAAUUGAAUUUAAAGAAUAUGUAUUUUGCAGGGUAGGAGAGAUGGCACAGUGGUUAAGAGCACUCGGCUGCUAUUCCAGAAGAAUAUUGUGUGUGAUGUCUAGCAUCUAUGUUGCAGCUCACAAUUAUCUGUAACUUCAGUUCCAGGAGAUCAGCAUCCUCUUCUGGCCUUUAUGGGGACUUGUCACACAUGUGGUUCCGAGACAUACAGGCAACACUCACACACAUAAAACAUUUUAAGAGAGACCUGGGAGGUGGUGGUGCAUGCCUUUGAUUCUUUAAUCCCAGUGCUCUGGAGUCAGUGCUCUGAGUUAGAGGCCAGCCUGGUCUACAGAUUGAGUUCCAGGACAGCCAAGGCUACACAGAGAAACCUUGUAUCAAAAAAAGGUUUCAUGUAGCUCAGGCUAGCCACGAAGUUGCUGUGUAGUGGAGGAUUACCUUGAAUGGCUGAUACUGCUCUGUCUGAGAUGACAGGUAUACUGCCAUAGCGGGUGUCAUGCAGAGCUGGGGAACAAACAAAUCCAGAGCCCCACCCCCACCCCCAGAAUGGUGAACAGGUUCUCUAGGAACUGAGUGACAUCCCUAUAGCAACAUGAACAUUGUUUUAAAGUGCUUGUGUGAGUGCCUACAUUGAUGUAUGUGUGGGUGCCACAGGCAUGAAUGAUGGUCAGAAGAGGGUGUCACAUCGUCUGAGAACUGAACUUAGAGGCAGUUGUAAACCACCAUGUCAGUGCUGGGAACAAAAUGUGGAUGGGUGUUCUGUGAGAGCAGCUGGUUGUUUUGUCACCCAGCCAUCUGUCCCACUCAGAUAUAUAUAUAUAUAUAUUUUUUUUUUUUCAAGUGCCCAGACUUGUGUUUUUACAGAAUGCCUUGUUAGUUUAGCUUCUCUUGAUAUUUUUUCAUGGUUAUAAUCAGAUUGUGCAUUUUGGCAGGAAUAGUCUGAGGUUGUGUCAAUCCAUCUGAAACAACAAACUAAGGCUAGUUAGCCAUUAUGUGUGGGAUGUACUAAGAACCAAGCGGUGCUCAUUGGACCCUCGCAUUCUCAGCAUGAUAGUUUUCACUGAGCAGGAAACAAAAUUGAUGCUCAAGAAAGUUAAUGUAGCAGGCCUUUGUGUGACCAGGUAGUGGGGUGAAAAGGGGCAACUUAGAGCAUUUAUCUCAGCUACUUGGUCUCAGAGAUGUCAGUCCAUCUUGAUGGAGAGGGUAUGACAAAGACAUCAGUUCAUGUCACAGCAGAGAAGAGUCAAACAAGGGGACCUAGGAAGUGACCACAGCAAGAUACAGUCCCUGAGGAUACACAUCCAGUGACCUUGUCAAGUGCUACCUCCCAUGUUUCACCACCUCCCAAUAAUGCUGUCGCACAAGCCAUAGAGGAAUGACUCCCUGCCAUUGAUCAGGUCAGAGGCCUUGUGAGCUAAGUCUUUGGAAAUGCUUGCACAGCCCCCAAGGUGCUUUACUAAUCCCCUGGGUUUUUCCUAAUCCAGUCAAGUUGACAGUGAAGAUUAACUAUCUAUCACAAAUAACUUGCCAGGACUCAAACUCAGAAAAUGGCUCAGAGUUCAGGGCCUCGAAAGAAUCUUACUCAGCAAGUUUUGGCAUUGCUUGAAGAAUGGGAAGGCCCAGGGUCCUGGGCCUGCAUUGCAGAGCUACAAUGAGCAGGUACUGAGUUUUAGCCACCACUACCUAGGACCUAUCUUUGUCACGGUCGCCACCACUCCCUCUUGUUUGUCACACUAGGCCACUUGAUGUGACUUCCCUUGGCUGUUAGAUGGCUCAGCAGGAAAAGGCGCUGCCCCAAGUUUGACCACCUAAGUACAUUCCCCAGACCUCCACACAUGCAACAUGGAACUUGGACACACAGCCACACACAAUAAAUGCCAUUUUUAAGACAUUACUUACCUGACUCCCACAGGCCCUGAGUUUGAGAUAUGUCUGUCCUGGAACUGUAAUAUAUAAAGUGGUUUUGUUUGCCUUCUUUCUAAUGGUGCUGAGACUCAAACCUAGGGCAUUAUGCAUAAUAAACAUCUUACUACUGCUAUAUCCCUAGACCCUAUAAAGUAGUUUGGGGGCCUAGUGUUUGUCCUGCUCCCAUCACACUGCAUCCACCUUGCAUCUCAACAUCUUAUACACCAGGACCAUCCUCAAGAGAUGCUGAGUACACCUGGGGAGGGUCCCCAGUGCUACCUCUGCUCGCCAGAGAAGCCUGGAUAUCACUUGCAUAUUAAGUCACCUUCCUGCUUCUGCAGAACCCCAGGAUCCUGCUAGAAUCAGUCCUGGACGUUGACUGAAGUCUAAUGUUUUGUUUCCUGAAUGUGUCUGGAUUAAGAAACACCAGGCUGACUUAUAGAAUGUAGAUCCCCAAACAUCACCAUCCCCUAUGAGCUGAUGCAGGUUGACAAGUUGGUCUGGGUAUGUUUCUAGAAUAGAUUUCUAACAAGUACCCAGGCACCUUGAGUAAAUACUCCUUGAGAGCUUAGGCUCAGAGCUGAGGCGUAGCCCGGUGGUAAAGCAUUUGCUUAGCUUACCACAGGCUUUGUGUUCCAUCCCAACACCAAAGGAGAUGAUUAAAUAAAAGCAUGGUCUCCAUGCUUCGGCUUUAUUUUUAUUUGGGGUACAGUGGAUUAUUCACUUGCUUCCAGAUUCAACAGUCAAAAGUUGUUCUUAAGCCAGGCAAUGGUGAUGGCACACUCUUUUAAUCUCAGCACUCAGGAGGCAGAGGCAGGCAGAUUUCUGAGUUCAAGGCCAGCCUGGUCUACAGAGUGAGUUCCAGGACAGCCAAGGUUAUACAGAGAAACCCUGUCUGGGGUGGGGUGGGGAGAACAUGGGAUGGGACAUGAUUUGUUCUUCAAUACUGUUCCCAAGUCCCCAGUUGUCUCCAGAAGUGACCACUGUUGCCUGUUUAUUGCUUUUAUAAACAAAUGUAUUCUCAA